AUGAUUUGCGAAAACACAAACAAGUAUGUGUGGACCCGCAUUCUUGAAAAACCGACGCACUCUCGGCCAGAUGGUUCGUGGGAGGAAGUCACCCCCAGUGAACUGCUGAAGUUCAUUGGGCUGGUGAUUUACAUGGGGAUUGUGAAGGUUCCAAGACUUAAACUUUACUGGAACGUAGGAAGUUUUUAUAGUGGUCUCCUUGCACGACGCAUCAUGCCCCGAAAGCGAUUUAUCGCUUUGCUAGCGCUCCUCCAAAUUGCGGACUUGGAUGAUCCAAACCAACAGUCAAAAGGAACGCUGCGAUACAUGUGGUGGCUUCUUGAGCACAUCAACCAAGUGUCAGCACAGCUCUUCCAGCCCAAUCGAGAUCUCUCCGUGGACGAGCGCAUGGUAAAAUCAAAAGGGAGGUCUGGAACUCGUCAAUACCUGAAAGAUAAGGUGACUAAAUGGGGAUACAAGCUGUGGGUGCUAGCUGACCCUGACACAGGAUAG